AUGCCUCCUGGAGGACCAAAAGCUCGUCCAAGCAGAGUCACACGGCGAAGCCACUCGGACACGGGUGAGGGAUCUGUCUUUGGUGCAGCCUUGAUUAUAGGGAAAGUCGCCCAGGCGCGGUCGCACUACCGCACUGCGCUGGACAUCGACAAUGCUACACAUCCACCCGAUCCUACAGACCCGCUGCUUGCGUUCGUGAUCGAAGCAUUGGCACAAUGUUGCGACCAUUUCGACCAGAACAACGAAGCACGAAAGCUUUUUCUGGAAGCUGAUCAGAGGUUCGGGCGAACAGCUGCCAAAUCAGAUUGCAUCGCACGCAACCUCAUAGAAUAUUCCGAGUUCCUCUACAAGCUCCAGGAGUACCAAGAAGUCAUCCGAAUUCUCGAACAGAUCUGGCCCGACAUCGUGUCAUGGUGGCCAGCGGAGCACACAAAUUCGAUCCGUACAGCAGAUUUGCUCGCCCUCUGCUACCUGAAUGUAGGAAGGCCCAGUCACGCAGAGAAGUUACUAGAAUCGGUGAUAGAAAAUUGGGAGCAAAGCAGGAACUACGACCUCGAGGUCAUUCUUGCGGUGAGGCUGACCCUGCAUCGGGCUCGAGUGGCGCUGGGCAAAGAGAAGCCAGGGACAGCAUUUCGCAACAGUCGAGCGGUUUAUGGGGUGACAGAAGACGAACGGAGCCACCGAGAUCCCUGCUUGUCGAGACCUCGCUUGCAGACGAGCACGGUCGCAGUCAGUGCUGCUGAUAGCCUGUCUCUGCACCGAUGGGCAUGGGUGUGCAAUGAUGGAAGAGGUGAUGUCGGAAUAAGAAGAGGCUGA